AGAAAUUUCAAUAUAUUUGAAUGAAUAUCUUUCUUGAGUUUGAAGGGUAUAGAAGUUACCUGUCUAUGACUUAUUUAUACGUUACCAUCCCUAUAUCAUAAACUAUACCAAAGUUGAUUCAAAUUGGUACUGUGGAGAAACAGAUAUCUUAAACGGUAUACCAAACCAAAGCCAGAAACAAAAAAAAAGAAACAAAAUCAAAUACGAUAUCAAUUCAAAAGCUAACCUUAAAUGUCUAACAAAUAUUCAAAUUCAGAUAUUGAAUCUCAUGAUGAUACCAAUAACUCCAUAGCUGCAUUCCCCUUACAUCAUGGUACGGAUGAUGAAGGUGCUAUUAGUCAUGUCAAUCCUAUUCAUCGUGAAUCAUCAUUAGCUGAAGAUAUUGAUGAAAAUGAAAGUCUAUUCAGAGUUAAAACAAAUCAAACAGAAUUAUCAAGAAUCAUAAGUGGGAUAAGAGAUGAUCUCCAACUCCAUGAAGGUGAAACAGAUGCUAAACUGUAUGCUGAAAGAGCGUAUCCUGAAUCAAUCUUAGUCAAUCAAUUAGAUAUGAUAUCAAGACAUAGUACCAAGAAUGAUUUACUGCUUUCUGCAUCUCAUGAUAAAGCUAAAGCCAAUGAAGAUGAUGAUGAGUAUGAUGAUGAUGAUGAUGGUUUAUCCGAUGAUUUCAAACCAGAAACAGUAAGACCAGAAGAUGAAGUGGUGGAGGGUGAACAUCCUAUAGAUGGAUGGUUUUCAAUCUUAAUGUCAUUAUGUACCAUGUUUUUAAUUGUAUCAUGUUGGGGGGUGAAUAGUGCAUAUGGGGUAUUUUUAGAUUUUUAUUUAUCAUCAGGUCAAUUCCCAGGAGCAACCCAAUAUGAUUUUGCAUUAAUUGGAGGAUUAGUGGUAUUUUUAGCACAAUUUUUAGCUCCCGUAAGUAUUAUUGCGUUUAAAAUCUUUGGAUUUAAAAGAGUAGCAUUAUUUGGAGUAACAAUUCAAACUAUUGCUUAUAUACUAGCAUCAUUCGCUACCAAAAUAUGGCAUUUAUUCUUAACUCAAGGUGUAUUAGUGGGUAUUUCAUUUGCAUUUGUAUUUUUACCUGCUACUUUAGUAUUACCAACUUGGGUUAAAAAAAGAAGAGCAACUUCAAUGGGUAUAGCUGUUUCUGGUGCUGGGUUAGGUGGGGUUAUCUUUUCAUUAUCAGUUAAUAGUUUGAUUGAAAAGACAGGUGAUCAAAGAUGGGCUCUUAGAAUGUGUGGAAUUGUAACAUUUGUUAUAACUAUGUUUGCUACAUUAAUUAUGAGACCUCGAAAAUUAAAAAAUCCUCCUAAAUUAAAAGAUACUUUAACCAAACAAAACUUUUAUAUAAGUGUUAAGGCUGUAUUUGAUAUAAAAGUAUUUAAAAAUUAUGCUCUUAUAGUAUUAGCAUUUUGGUUUGCUAUUGCAUUAUUAGGAUAUAUGUUACUUUUAUUUUCCAUUGCAGCCUAUGCAACAUCAAUUGGAUUAAAAAGUUCUCAAGGUUCAGCUUUAACCUCCAUUUUAAAUGCUGCUCAAGUAGUAGGUAGACCAUGUAUGGGUAUUGUUGGAGAUAAAAUUGGGAGAACUAAUUUAGCUAGUGGUAUGAGUUUUUCAAUUGCUAUACUUUUAUUUGCAUUCUGGAUUAAUGCCACUACUUAUCCUACAUUAAUUGGAUUUUCAGUAUUAAUUGGAUUAGUAGUUGGGAUAGGUAGUUCAAUGGCUCAACCUAUUGCUACUGAUAUUUUAGAAGAUACUCCUUAUCGAUUACCUGCUGCAUGGGCAGGAAUGAAUAUUUUCGUGUCAUUUUUUUGUUUAAUUGCUGAAGUUAUUUCAUUAUCAUUAACCAAUGAUAAUUCAACCAGACCAUUUUUAAAUUCUCAAAUCUUUGCUGGUUGUUGUUUUGUAGGAUGUGGGUUUUUGAUGUUAACAGUUAGAGAAUGGUUAGUAAGAGAUAAAUUAAAGAAACGAUUAAAUAUAUCUCAAGGACAAAUUAAAAAAUUAAAAUCAUCAAUAUCAAAGAAAUCGACCAAUUAUUUAACAACAUCCGAUUUACAACCUUUACAAAGUUCAGAAAAGACCAAUCCGGAAUUAAUUCAAGAAUUACAAAUAUUAGAAGAAAGAAUAGAGAGAUAUAAUCGAUUGUUAUCUCCAACUCCAAUAUCUUUCAUUUUAAGACUCUUUUAUCCUAUAAAAGUUUAAUCUUAUAUAAAUCAUUUUUACAUAGAGGUAGGUUAGUACAAGCUUACAAUAUAUUUAUUAUUUUCUUAC